CAUGGUCCUAGGUUUUCCAAAUGUCCUCGGUUGCGUUGAUGGUACCUUCAUCAAAAUUCAGGCACCUUCAGAGAAUGAGCCAGAUUAUUUGAACAGAAAAGGGUACCAUUCUCUGAAUGUACAGAUGAUCUCCGAUGGUAAAUUCCGGAUUUUGAACUGUGUUGCCAAGUGGCCCGGAAGUGUACAUGACAGCCGGAUUUUCCGAGACAGUCAUAUAAGCAUUGCCUUUGAAAAUGGACAGUAUCCAGGACUACUCUUGGGGGACUCUGGAUACCCGUGCAAACCCCACCUUAUGACACCAUACCCUGUUCCUUCUAAUGAUGCAGAAGCAAGAUUCAACAACGCUCACGCUAAAACCAGAGUUGUAAUUGAGCAAACAUUUGGAAUCUUGAAGAAGAGGUUUGCGUGCCUCCAUAGCGGUUUGAGAACAACUCCUGAAAAGGCAUGCGAUAUUACUUUGGCAUGUGCAGUUUUACACAACAUUGGAAUUGAUCGUAAUGACAUACUGGAUAUUGAUGAUGGUGUAUAUGUCAACCAGGGGGAUGUUAAUCUUAAUGUAAGGGAUCAGUGGGACGGCAAAGAUGUUAGAAAUUACAUAUGCAGGUCUUUUUUUGCAUAAAGUAUUAUGUAACAACUGUAUCCCUUGUACAGUAAUCAUUAUACAUAGACAACAUUAACAUUUGAUUUUGUAUAGAGUCUAGAAAUCAUCAUACUCAUAGACUAGCAAAGAAAACAUGGUUUGAAUAGCAUGUAAAUGCAGAUAUGCAUAAUUUAUUAUGCCCAUGUACUAGUAAUCAAAGACUCAGGGGCAUAUAGAUUUUGCCCUGCCUGUCCAUCUGUCUGUCUAUUUGUCCGCCAAAACUUUAACCUCUCUCAUAAUUUUCAAUUGGUUGAAGCUGUAUUUUUCAUAUUUCCUGUGUAUUCCUUGUGAAUGGGACCAAUCUUUGAGUACCAACAAAUUUGACCUAUUGACCUAGAUUUUGGAGUUUGGCCCACUUGAUAAAAAAACUUGAACCUCGGCCAUAACUUUUUUAAUGGUUAGAGCUGGGGUUUUCACACUUCUUAUAUGUAAUUCUUAUGACAAGACCUUUCUUUAGAUAUCAACUACUAAGAUUUGAUCUUGACCUUGAAGUUUGACCUACCUCUAAAAAAACUUUAACCUUGGCCAUAACUUUUGAAUAAAUGAUGCUAGGGCUUUCAUAUUUCACAAGUAUUUCUUGUGAGAAGACCUUUACUACUUUGAGUACCAAAAUAUCCAAUUUCCAUUUGAGAAAGUUUAACCUUUGCUACAGUUUGCCAUACGGGGGCAUCAGAGUUUCACAAACUCAUCUUGUUUUAAAAUAUUUUUACUCUUGGCCUAAACCUUGGACUUUGACCUUUUACAAAAGUUGUCAUACAGGGAGCAUCAGUGUCAAACAAAUACAUCUUGCUUUUCAUUAUGUAUGCUUUACAACCUUUUUUAAGUUAUAAGUGGUAAAAAUAAAUUUAUUAUAUGCCAUUGUAAUAUAGAUUUAAGUAACAAUUUUCAGUACAAUGAUGAAACACUACUAAAAUAUUUUUGUACUGCUUAAAAAUUACAAGUAAUAUGAUAUACCAGAAAUCAAAAAAAAAAAAGAAAAGAAAAAGAAACACAA